AUGCCCCACGAAUGCAAAGUGUGUGGGGAGACCUUCAGUGUCGCCAACCUGCUGACACGACACCUCAGGGAGCACCACGAGGAGACGCCAUGUGAGCUCAGUGGGAAGGGCUUCCGCUUCCCCAUGUACCUGCAGGUUCACGCUAAGACGCACACUGACCUCGAGAAGCCCUUUAAGUGCCCUGAGUGCCCUCAGAGGUUCAAGUACCUUCAUAGGCUGCGCAGACAUGCUCGUGUGCACUCAGGGGUCAGGCCUUUUGCCUGUGAGCAGUGUGGGAAAAGCUUCAGGACUCGCUGGGAGCUGAGUCAGCACAGCCGGACCCACACCGGGGAGAGGCCAUACGACUGCCCCCAGUGCGCGAAGGCGUUCCGAGACAGCAGCGCAAGGGCCAAGCACCUGCGUGCCCACACGGGCGAGCGGCCGUACAGGUGCCCGCAGUGCAGGAAAGGUUUCCGCAGCCCGGACAUCCUCCAGUGCCACAUGGUGUUGCACACGACCCAGGGUCCCUUCCAGUGUCCUGAGUGCGGCAAGGCCUACCGUGACCGCUCCUACUUCUCUGGCCACCUGCAGACACACGAGGUGCCCCAGUCCCUCACCUGCGGGGAGUGUGGCAGAGACUUUAGCCACCCCCAGCACCUCCGCCGGCACGUCAGGACGCAUCUCAAGGAGCAGCCAUUCCUGUGCCACUGUGGACAGGGGUUUGACCGGCUUAACUCCCUCCAAACACACAUCCGCCAGACCCACGCCCAAGAGAAUCGCUGA